UUCUAUCCAUCUCUCCCGCUCCAAAAACCCUAAUUUCCUCCUUCCCUCCUUCAAGCUUUUCGCACAAUCGCCUUCUUCGCCAUGGAAGCAGAGAUCAAGGCGGAGUUCGAGAGGAACGGGUUCUCGCUCGUCUCCGAAGAUGAGAUCCUUCACAAAUGUCUUACUUUUUGCAUCAAUUUCAAGCUCAGCCCGUCAGAUCUCGUUUCCAAUUGGGAGAUUUAUUAUCUCAACAGAGAGCUAACUGGAUUGCAGUUAGAAGAUUCUUACAUGGAUGGCUUUUUAUCGUACCUUCAAAAUGAAGUCAAGGAAAGAACAAUCAAAGACGAACCACACUUGCAUAGUUAUUCCAACAGUGAUGUUGGCAUCCUUCUGAAUGAUGAGUGUGAUGGUAUCAAGGAGAGCUUGCUUGACACCCCAGUCGUAGGCAGUCAGUAUGAGAGACCAUAUUUAGACAAUGGUGUUGCAGUGACUCCAAAAACAAAUGAGAAAGGCUCACGUUUGAAAGAUUCAAAGACUGCCUACGAUCGGGUUACUCCUUUUGGCCAACGGAUGAAUAAAUUUGUACCCCAGUUCACUUUCAAUGAUAAAAUUAUGGAUGAUGGGAUAGGAAGGCAAGAAAAUGAAAACACGGAAGAUGACUUCAUCAAACGAGUUCAGCCUAGUGAAAGUUGUUCUUUGCGAGUUCAUUGCUCAAAACCAGAGCCCGGUUGCCGGUUCAUGUACGAUAGCAUUGAAGACAAGUUCAUUGCCCUUGAGAACCGCAUCAAAAAGCACGCAGAUGCUUUUGCUGCGUCCGGUCUUUAUGGAGAACCUACUGACGCUACAUUGGCUACACAGAAAAAUGUGUUUACUGUUGGUAUGAUUUGCUGUGAUGGAGAUGGUCAUCUGAAUGAGAAGUCUGUCGUUUUGCAAGGCAGCGCUGCGCAUUCUGGAGGGCAGCGAGUGCGCCUUGAUCUGCAUAAUUUGGCACAAUUUUCUUUAUUUCCUGGACAAGUAGUUGGUGUUGAGGGCUACAAUCCCAGUGGACACUGUCUGAUCACGUCAAAAGUCGUCGAUUCUUUGCCAUACAUUCCUGAAGGUGAUCUUCCUCCUGCUAAGAAGCUAGCCAUGGACCAGGACUUUGUUACAAGCUCUCCUUCAGGAACAUCAAAAAGACUUUCCUUGGUUGCUGCAGCUGGCCCAUUUACAACAACUGACAAUCUGUUGUUUGAACCUCUAACAGAACUGCUUUCAUAUGCCAGCAGAAAACAGUCUCAAUUGCUUUUGCUGAUGGGGCCAUUCCUUGAUUCUGAGCAUCCUGAGAUCAAAAAGGGUACUGUUGACCAAAGUUUUGAUGAAAUCUUUCACAUUGAAGUUCUUAGGAAGUUGCAAGACUACAUUGAGUUUAUGGGUCCUUCUACUCGUGUUAUCCUCGUGCCAUCAAUACGUGAUGCCAACCAUGGCUUUGUAUUUCCUCAGCCUGCAUUUGACAUUCACCUACCAGACAAAAUCAGACAUCAGAUAAUUUGUCUUUCCAAUCCAAGUCUUGUCAGUGCAAAUGAGAUUAUGCUUGGUUGCUGUACUGUGGACAUAUUAAAACAGCUUAGCAGCGAGGAAAUCUCACGGACUCCAGCUGACGCCACAUCUAGAGAUCGUAUGGGAAGAAUUGCAACUCAUUUAUUGAACCAACGGGGGUACUAUCCUUUAUAUCCGCCCUCUGUGGAUACUCCUCUUGACCUUGCACUCACACCAGAAGCCUUGGACAUCCCAACCAUUCCAGAUGUUCUUAUACUACCAUCAGAUCUUGCUCCAUUUGUGAAGGUUCUAUCCCUGGGAGAAGGAAAUGAUGGAGGAGAGCUUGUGAAGUGCUUGUGCAUGAAUCCUGGCAGAUUAGCAAAGGGUGUUGGAGGUGGAACCUUUGUAGAGCUUAAAUACCAAGACAAUCUUGACAAGUCUAGGGCAUCAAUCAUCAGAAUAUAGAAACACAUGUGGAUUAGGGCUUGACCUUGAUCUUCUGGAAAGCUAUGUUUGACAGAACCCAAUGACUGCUUGUCUUGCUUUGUUUGCUGACCAUUAAUUCAUUUAAUUUAAUAUGGUUUGCUGAAACCACAGCAUUAUGUUCAGGUAGUCUUAUCUUGUACUUGAUACAAAACCUUUUGAAGUGGUUUUAUUUAAGGAAUUAAUUGAUGCAAUUUAUCAAUAAAAUUAGGA